CACUUUUGGUCCCAGCAACCAAACGGCAUACAACAAAAUAACACACACUCGCAGAAAAUACAAAAAUAUACAAAAAAUCAAAACAAAAAGAAUAUAUCUGAAAUUCAACAUUUUCGCUCGGCUGUUGUUAAGUUAUUUCGUGUUUUUUUUUAACGUUUCAAACAUAAAGAAAAGUGUUUUUUUGAAAUACAUAUAUAAAUAUAUAAAUACUUAUACAUAUAUCCAAGUCCAAGUGCAUUUGCAUUGAAGUGAGAAUACAUAGUGUAAGCCAAAGGAAUUCCAAUAAAUCAACUGCACAAAAGGAAAUUCCAUAACGAACAAAAUUCAACAACCAACAAAAAGCAGCCAAGAAAUUUUGCAGAGAUUGAGAGAGAGUAAGAGAGAGAGCGAGAGAGACUGAAGUGUGAGAGAGAGACACGUGAAACAAUUCCGGCGAUCGCUUUUCUUCAUAACUUUACCAAACUGCAAGAACCAGCAAAUCCCCCAAACAAUAUGACCGAUGUAUCGCAUGAAUUGGGCGCCCUACGCUUUGUAGUGGAUUCGCCGCUAUCAUCGAAGGUGGCCAUGUUCAACAAUCAGGCGACACAGCACAAGCAGUCGCAGUUAUUAAAUCCCUUUUCGCACGAUGGACGCGCUCCAUCGCCAAAGCCAACUUUCUCCAAAGAUCAAUAUGGCAAGCCACUGGCCGGCAGUCUGACAGAGGCGCGGGGUCAAAAGGCCAACAUGCAUGUGAUGAAGGAAAUGCUGGAGCUGUGCCAGAUCAUCGACUCCGAGGGCUACAAGGUCAAGGAUGAGCCAACCAUGCGAGUCAUACCAUUUGGCGAGUUGUUCAAUAUCUACAAUUAUAUAUCGGAUAAGGUUGUCGGCAUCCUGUUGCGUGCACGCAAGCACAAGCUGCUGGAUUUCGAGGGUGAGAUGCUGUACCAGCGACGGGACGAUGAUGUACCCAUCUUUCUGCUGCGUCCCAUUAAGGAUAUACGCCAUGAACUGAACGAUAAAAUUGAGGAAAUCAAACGUGGCGCAAGUCCAGCACCACAGUCGACCUCAGUGAUGCUGGACAAGGCGGCGCACGAGCAGAAGCUAAAGGUUCAUGCCCAGCGUCAGUCCAAAUCACGCACACCAUCGCCGGCGGUUAAAACCAAUUCCAAAUCACCAUCACCAGCAGUGGAAAUUGCUGCUGAGAAGCCAGUGGAAGCAGCAGUAACUGUGACAGCUACAACGGAACCGGCUGCAGCAGUAACUGUGACAGCUACACCGGAACCGGUUACAGCAGUCACUGAAGCAACCAAAGUGCCAGAGUUGCCAACAGUUGAAAUAACUCCUGUACCAGCAGCUACAACAGAGCAAGUGCAGCCUGCACUUGAAUCCCAGCCGGAAUGUACCUAUAAUGGUAUAGCUGAUAUUGCUGCUGAAGUUGCUGUUACUGCCGUUGCACCCGAAGACAAUGUAUCUAUUGUCCAAGUGCAAUCCACAGAUGAAGUUCCCACAAUUGUCAUUGAAGCCUCCGCAACAUUUGUGCGCCAGGUCAGCGUGGAGAAGCUGCAGACGGAGAAAGAGACGGAGGAGACGAAGAAAGAGACGGAAACAGCUGCUGCCGAAAGUGCUUAAUGUUAAAGAAUCUUGAGAAAAGUUUUUCAAAAA